AUGGCACCAGUCGCCGUCUCCCCACAAGCCACCCCCGUCUUCAACAAGCGGGACGGUCAGGCCCUCGAGGACCUCUCCGAUGCCAUCGACGAGGUCAACGUCCUCAAGGACAUGAAGAAGAGGGAAGCCGAGAAGCUCGCCGACAAGGCCGCCGCCGACAAGGGUCUAUACGAAGAAUCCGAGUUCGACAAGGAGAAGGACAAGACAAACUUCCGCCAAUACGAAGAUGCCUGCGACCGCGUCAAGAACUUCUACAAGGAGCAGCACACCAAGCAGACAGUCGCAUACAACCUCAAGGCCCGCCACGACUUUAACAGCAAGACCCGCGCUGAGAUGACCGUCUGGGAAGCAAUGGAGAAGCUCAACACCCUGAUCGACGAGUCAGACCCCGAUACCAGCCUUUCCCAGAUCGAGCACCUCCUCCAGUCUGCUGAGGCUAUCCGUCGCGAUGGCAAGCCCCGCUGGAUGCAGCUGACUGGUCUCAUUCACGAUCUUGGCAAGCUGCUCUUCUUCUUCGAUGCUGAGGGCCAGUGGGAUGUUGUGGGUGAUACUUUCCCUGUUGGCUGUGCUUUCGAUGAGAAGAUCAUUUACGGACGGGAGUCAUUCGUCGAUAACGAGGACUACGGCCACAAGAUCUUCGAUUCCAAGUACGGUAUCUACAGUCCCGGCUGUGGUCUUGAUAAGGUUAUGCUGUCCUGGGGUCACGAUGAGUACCUCUACCACAUCGCCAAGGAGCAGUCCACUCUGCCUGAUGAGGCCCUCGCCAUGAUCCGCUACCACUCCUUCUACCCCUGGCACAACCAGGGCGCAUACCACGAGUUCAUGAACGACCAUGACCGUGAUAUGCUCCGUGCUGUCAAGGCUUUCAACCCUUACGAUUUGUACAGCAAGAGUGAUGGUAUUCCCAGCAUCACUGAGCUCAAGCCUUACUACAUGGAACUCAUCAAUGAGUACUUCCCCACCAAGGUCCUUCGGUGGUAG